AUGGCAGCCGCCUCGGACGAGCAAUUUACGGCUGUAAUAAAGCUGAAGCCCAUUGAGGCGACUCCCGAGACCUUUCAAGAGUUCGGACAAGUGAUUGAGGCGUCGAUCGAUGGCGAAGAGUUUGGACCUCAUGACGCCCAGCUCGACCUGUCUCAUGGAAUCCCCAGGUUUUACAUUAUGCAUCUUGAAGAUAGGGCUCUCAAGUUUUCAGAAAUAACACAUCAUGCUAGUGUGACCCAAUGCCUUGGUUCAAUUGGAAGCCAUGUUUGGUAUCUUGGAGUUGGAAAGCCAUCUAUUGUUGAUCCAACUGAAAUAAAGGGCACCACUGGUGCAGACGUGGUGCAAUCUCACUGUGGGCACUUUUAUGUUCCUCCGGCUGUUGAUGACAUACACGCUUUUAGAAUUUCAGGACCAAAAUUCUUGAAGCUGAAUAGAGGUACAUGGCAUGCUGGGCCGUUGUUCACUGAAAAGACAAUGGACUUUUACAAUCUGGAACUUAGCAACACAAAUGUGGUAGAUCAUACAAUCCACGACUUUGUCAAGAAGAAUAAAGUGGUAUUUCUGCUGGACGAGUAG